GUGAACCGGGGCCCCCGCAAACAAAGGGAUAUCGCCUCUCCCGCUUUUUGGAAGCAAUCCAGUGUGGUAGGUGAGCUAUGGCGCCAAAGACCCUGGGCUCAGUUGUUACGGUCUUCUUCUUUCCAUUCGAGUAUGACAGCAGCCGCUUUGUCAUCAUCUUCUUCCAAUCCAGUGGUCCAUUGACUAGAUCAUUACAGGUGGCUUUGAUUGAUAGCCAGCCUGUUGACCGGAUGGAGCUACCUCAUUCGACCUCUUCCACACCCCCUGAAGUUCGAGUGAGCGCCAUCACGCCAGCAGCUGCAAACCUUUUCAAAGAAGUAGGAGCAUGGGAUAUGGUGAUGUCAUCACAUAUUGGCCGGUUUGAUCGAAUGCAGGUCUGGGAUUCUGCAGGCCAGGGUUUUGUCCGUUAUGAUGCCGUUGACGUUCAGGCUCCGGUACUGGGGUAUGUCGUGGAGAACAAAAUUCUUCAAGGUUCUUUGGUUUCCGUCCUCAGGAGAAAAAAGGACUCGGUUGCUCUCAUCUGCCCUGCGAAAGUUGUCUCUGUGGAGCUGCCUGGUACUAGAAGGUCGCCCGAGGAUCAGGAUGUAAAAUCGUCGCAGAUGCCAGGACAGAGCGUCACUCACAUGGGGUCGUCGCCUGCGUCAGAAGAUAAGGAGGACAAGGAUGCAAGGAUGGCAUCUACACACGACUGGGCAAAGAUUGUGCUUGAGAACGGAAGGACGAUACAUGCUCGGCUCUUGGUGGGUGCUGAUGGAAGCAGAUCUAGAGUGCGGGAAAUGGUGGGUUUGAGGUGUGUCAAGGUGGAUUACGACCAGCGGGCGGUUAUUGCGACUGUGGGUGUGGAGUCGUAUCAUACAACUGCUUGGCAGAGGUUUCUUCCCACUGGUCCACUGGCCUUAUUACCGGCUGUCUUUUCUUAGUAGUAUUAAGUUAUUGAGUUAUAUUAACAUUCAUCAUUUUAUUACAAAAACUUCAAAAAGAAUAAAAUAAAAAUAAAAAUUAUAGAGUAUC